AUGUCACUGAACUGUGCUUGGGCUGGCCUUCAGGACAUUGACCCUUAAACAAAUAGAGAAUGUUCUCAGAAAAGCUUGAAUUCCGUUCAGUGCUUUAUAAUGGUGGACACAAGUCAGAAAAGGCAGUGGAGUUCGUUUUUUCUUCUGGCUUCCUCAAGUUCACUGUCACAGGGUUACUGGCUGCAAUUACCAUGUCUGACUCAGUAAUUCUUCGAAGCGUGAAGAAAUUAGGAGAGGAGAAUCGUGGUUUUGAGUCAGAUGGGUCAUAUAACAAUGAUAAGAAUUCACGGUUACAAAAUGAGAAGAAAGGUGACAGCAGUCAAGUUGGCUUCUUUCAAUUGUUUCGAUUUGCUUCAGCGACUGACAUUUGGCUGAUGUGUGUAGGAGGUAUAUGUGCAUUUCUCCAUGGACUAGCCCAUCCAGGCGUGCUACUCAUUUUUGGCACCAUGACAGAUGUUUUUAUUGACUAUGAAAAUGAACUGCAAGAACUCCAGAUUCCUGGAAAAGCAUGUGUAAAUAACACCAUAGUGUGGACCAACAGCUCUCUCAACCAGAAUGUGACAAAUGGAACGCGUUGUGGGUUGCUGGACAUUGAAAGUGAAAUGAUCAAAUUUUCCAGUUACUAUGCUGGAACUGCUGUUGCGGUACUUAUCACAGGAUAUAUUCAAAUAUGCUUUUGGGUAAUUGCUUCAGCUCGUCAGAUACAGAAAAUGAGAAAAUUUUACUUUAGGAAAAUAAUGAGAAUGGAAAUAGGAUGGUUCGACUGCAAUUCAGUGGGGGAGCUGAAUACAAGAUUUUCUGAUGAUAUUAAUAAAAUCAAUGAUGCCAUUGCUGACCAAAUGGCCAUUUUCAUUCAGCGCAUGACCACGAGCAUCUGUGGGUUCCUGCUUGGAUUUUUGCAGGGCUGGAAGCUGACCUUGGUUAUCAUCUCUGUCAGCCCUCUCAUUGGGAUUGGAGCAGCCAUCAUUGGUCUGAGUGUGUCCAAGUUUACUGACCAUGAACUGAAGGCCUAUGCCAAAGCAGGGUCAGUGGCGGACGAAGUCAUUUCAUCCAUUCGAACAGUGGCCGCUUUUGGUGGUGAGAAAAGAGAGGUUGAAAGGUAUGAGAAAAAUCUUGUGUUUGCCCAGCGUUGGGGAAUUAGAAAAGGGAUAGUGAUGGGAUUCUUUACUGGAUUCAUGUGGUGUCUCAUCUUCCUGUGUUAUGCACUGGCCUUCUGGUACGGCUCCGAACUUGUCCUGGUUGAUGGAGAAUAUACAGCAGGAACCCUUGUCCAGAUUUUCCUCAGUGUUAUAGUGGGAGCUUUAAAUCUUGGCAAUGCAUCUUCUUGUUUGGAAGCCUUUGCAACUGGCCGUGCAGCAGCCACCAGCAUUUUUGAGACAAUUGACCAGAAACCUGUUAUUGACUGCAUGUCAGAAGAUGGUUACAAGUUGGAUCGAAUCAAAGGUGAAAUUGAAUUCCGUAAUGUGACCUUCCACUAUCCUUCCAGGCCAGAGGUGAAGAUUUUAAAUGGCCUCAGCAUGGUCAUCAAGUCAGGGGAGGUGACGGCUAUGGUAGGACCCAGUGGGUCUGGGAAGAGCACUGCCCUGCAGCUCAUUCAGCGAUUCUACGACCCCAGUGAAGGCAUGGUGACUUUGGACGGCCAUGACGUCCGCUCCCUUAACAUUCAAUGGCUCCGAGCUCAGAUUGGAGUUGUGGAGCAGGAGCCUGUGCUCUUCUCCACCACCAUCGCCGAGAACAUCCGCUAUGGCAGAGAAGACGCCACGAUGGAAGACGUAGUCCGAGCAGCCAAGGCAGCUAAUGCCUACAACUUCAUCAUGGCGCUGCCGCAGAAAUUUGACACUCUUGUUGGAGAAGGAGGAGGCCAGAUGAGUGGUGGCCAGAAACAAAGAGUGGCCAUUGCCAGAGCCCUUGUCCGAAACCCCAAGAUCCUGCUUUUUGACAUGGCUACCUCGGCACUGGACAAUGAGAGUGAAGCCAUGGUGCAAGAGGAGCUGAGUAAGAUUCAGCAAGGGCAUACAAUCAUUUCAGUCGCUCAUCGCCUAUCCACAGUUAGAGCUGCAGAUGUCAUUAUUGGUUUUGAACAUGGCACAGCGGUGGAAAGAGGCACACAUGAAGAACUGUUGGACAGAAAAGGAGUUUACUUCACUCUAGUGACUCUGCAAAGUCAAGGAGAUCAAACCCUUAAUGAAGAGGGUGUAAAGGGAAAAGAUGACGCCAAAGGUGCUUUCCUUGAGAGCAAACAGAGCUUUAGUAGAGGGAGCUACCGGGACAGUUUAAGAGCUUCCAUCCGGCAACGCUCCAAAUCUCAGCUUUCAUACUUGGCACAUGAGCCUCCAUUAGCUGUUGUAGGUCAUAAAUCUCCUUAUGAAGAAGACAGAAAGGACAGCGACCUUCCCGUGGAAGAAGAAAUCGAGCCUGCCCCGGUCAGGAGGAUCCUGAAACUCAACGCCCCGGAGUGGCCCUACAUGCUGGUGGGGUCUGUGGGUGCGGCUGCCAACGGCGCGGUCACACCCCUUUAUGCCUUUUUAUUCAGCCAGAUUCUUGGGACUUUUUCACUUCCUGAUAAAGAAGAGCAAAGGUCGCAGAUCUAUGGUGUGUGCCUGCUUUUUGUGGCAAUGGGCUGUGUGUCCCUUUGCACUCAAUUUCUCCAGGGAUAUGCUUUUGCUAAAUCUGGAGAACUCCUCACCAAAAGGCUACGUAAAUUUGGUUUCAGAGCAAUCUUAGGGCAAAACAUUGGCUGGUUUGAUGACCUCAGAAAUAGCCCUGGAGCCCUGACAACAAGGCUUGCUACAGAUGCUUCCCAAGUUCAAGGGGCUACCGGCUCUCAAAUUGGGAUGAUGGUCAAUUCCUUCACUAAUAUCGCGGUGGCCAUGAUUAUCGCCUUCCUCUUUAGCUGGAAGCUAAGCCUGGUCAUAGUGUGUUUCCUCCCUUUCUUGGCUUUAUCAGGAGCUGUACAGACCAGAAUGUUGACAGGAUUUGCCUCUCAAGACAAGCAGGCUCUGGAGAUUGCGGGACAGAUCACAAGUGAAGCCCUCAAUAACAUCCGCACUAUUGCUGGAAUUGGAAAGGAGAGGCACUUUAUAGAAGCAUUUGAGACAGAGCUGGUGAAGCCAUUUAAGACAGCCAUUCGAAAAGCAAAUGUUUAUGGAUUCUUCUUUGGUUUUUCCCAGUGUAUUGUGUUUGUUGCUAAUUCUGCUUCCUACAGAUAUGGAGGUUACUUAAUCUACAAUGAAGGGCUCCAUUUCAGCUAUGUGUUCAGGGUAAUCUCUUCAGUUGUACUGAGUGCAACAGCUCUUGGAAGAGCCUACUCUUAUACGCCGAGUUAUGCCAAAGCUAAAAUAUCAGCUGCACGGUUUUUUCAGCUGCUGGACCGACGACCUCCUAUCAGUGUAUACAGUGCUGCAGGUGAAAAAUGGGACAAUUUCCAGGGGCAGGUUGACUUUGUUGACUGUAAAUUUACAUAUCCUUCUCGACCUAAUGUGCAAGUUCUGAAUGGUCUCUCAGUGUCGGUUAGUCCAGGGCAAACACUGGCAUUUGUUGGAAGCAGUGGAUGUGGCAAAAGCACCAGUAUUCAGCUGCUGGAACGUUUCUAUGAUCCUGACCAAGGGAAGGUGAUGAUAGAUGGGCAUGACAGCAAAAAGGUCAACGUCCAGUUCCUCCGCUCGAACAUUGGAAUAGUUUCCCAGGAACCAGUGCUGUUUGCUUGCAGCAUAAUGGACAAUAUCAAGUAUGGAGACAACACCAAAGAAAUUCCCGUGGAAAAAGUCAUAGAAGCCGCAAAGCAGGCUCAGCUGCAUGACUUUGUCAUGUCUCUCCCAGAGAAAUAUGAAACUAAUGUUGGGUCCCAGGGGUCUCAACUCUCUCGUGGAGAGAAACAGCGCAUUGCUAUUGCUCGGGCCAUCGUGCGAGAUCCUAAAAUCUUACUGCUCGAUGAAGCUACUUCUGCCUUAGACACAGAAAGUGAGAAGACGGUGCAGGUUGCCCUGGACAAAGCCAGAGAAGGCCGGACCUGCAUUGUCAUUGCCCACCGUUUGUCCACCAUCCAGAACUCAAAUAUCAUUGCUGUCGUGUCACAGGGGACAGUGGUUGAAAAGGGGACCCAUAAAGAACUGAUGGCCCAGAAAGGAGCCUACUACAAGCUAGUCACCACAGGAGCCCCCAUCAGUUGACUUGACUCAAGAACUUCACUCACAGAUGGUGCACCACUCACAGAGUGCCAUGGGUUAUUUUUUUCCUUUCAGAAGAAAUGAUGACUAUUUUACUUUUACACACAUUGCCAUUCAUUGGGAUCCAAACUAAUUUCUAGUGACCUCAGCAAUAAUUGAGUUUUAAGUGUCUGUAUGUAGAAAACAAAGGAAACUAGGUCCAGUGUGUGUGAAAAGCCAGUGUCCUGCAGCUUCCCAGGCAUCACCCAGUGCUUUCCCUGAGCAGGAGCCAGUCCCCAUUACCACAUGGGAAUUAGUGAGAGGUCCUGGAGUAAUGAGACUUUGAGCUCCUCAGGCGCAAAGGAGCUUUUUUUUUUUUUUUUUCCAUUUUUGAGUCCAUAAUUUUUCAGUCCCAGGAUGGUAAAAGUGGAAAAUGUUCAUCCUGCCUGUUAAGAUAGAGCAGUGCCUUCCAAUCAAAAGAUAGUAAAGAUAGUAUGAGCCACUAAUGAGAGCUACAUAUGUAAUUUAAAAUUUUCUACUUAUGUUAAAGAAAGGAAAACAAAAAGAUGAUAUUCAUGUUAAUAAUAUAUUUUAUUUAAUUGCUUCUCGGCCUUUUGGCUAAAAUUAUGUGUAGUAUCUGUUCUUAUCAGUUUAAUAUAUUUUAUUUAACUCAAUACAUUCAAAAUACUCUAUCACUUGUAAUUAGUAUAAAAACUACUAAUAUUGUAUCAUAUUAAAUAUUCAAACACCAAAAUGUAUUUACACUUACUGCGUAUCUCAGUUCAGACUAGCCACAUGUCAAGUUCCCAGUUGAAAUAUGUGACUAGAAGCUACUCUAUCAGACAGAGUUAGAGAAUCUAGGCUCUGAGCCUGAGUUUUUCCUUUACGAUUCGAGUCUUAUAAAAACAUGAGCCCAGCUUCUCCUUUGAAGCGUGUUCUUAUAUUGUACUGAGAAACCAUGGAAAACUUGUUUAGACAAAGAUCAUGGUGCCCAUUAGGAUUAAAGAGAGAGGUUGUUAGAAUUAGACAUCAUGAUUUCAGAAAUUACAAAUAAAAUAUUAGUUCUUCUCAGAGGGAUUAAAAGUCUUUACAUCAAUUUUAUUUGAUUUACCUGUUUGAGUUGGCAAAGGCAGAGAAGUAAGUUGCUUAGCUUCAGUGUAACACAGUGUAACUUUAAAAACCUCCAUGUUAUCUAAUUUCUCUGAGGUCUUCUUUGCAAAAUAAGUUUAGUUGCAAUUAAUUUAUUAGAGUUGUUUAUAAUUUUUUCCUAUGAAGAAUUUUUAUGAAUAGUUGGAACAACAGAUCUUUCAACUUAUUUUAGGAAGAGACCCUCAGUCAUUUGGUGCUUGUCAAAAUUACAUGGAAGCAGAUGUCUAUAAACCAGAAAUGUUACUAUUUGAGAAAAAAGUAAGAGUUGGCCUCUAUGGUCUUUUGUCUAGAAACUCUUUUUUUUUUUUUAGUAUAGUUACUGUAUGUCUAUUCAACAUGUGCUUUUAGGAAAUUAUUUCAAUGAAAAGAUACUGUGAACUUAAUGGUACAUUCAUACAUGCAAUUUUUGGCAAUUAAGCAUUCACUAAAAAAUAUAGAUUCUGAAAUAUGUUGAUACCAUGUUCUGAAAGAGAAAAAUACAUAGGAUCAUAAUUAAGUAUGAUAUGUCAUAUAUUUAUUCAUGAAUUAAAUGUAAAUUUUCUAUUCUAACAAAAUGUCAAAACAUUCUCAUCAGGUUGUUUUAAGAUCACAUCUUGUAUUUCCAAUGAGGGGUUGGAUUUAUUAAUAUCACAUGCAUUCAGACUCUGUCCGUGAGCAGGUCACAGAAGGACGUUAGUGGAGAUUAAAAAUUUGCAAAUUUUAUUGCUGUUUUCAAACACAUUUUUAGAUAAAUUUACGUAUGUGUAUGUGCCAUUAUAAAAUAAUUAUGUCUAUUUGCAUUUGCUUUAAACUUUCAGAUCAAGUGAAUAAUCAAUAAUCUCACCUGCCCAUAAGAGAUGGGAGAAGAAAGUAACUUAACUUAGAAACUGAAUUCCAAUUUUUUUCACACUGUGUUCAAUUAAAGGCCCAAUUAAUUUAAAUGAGCGGACUGUAAAUAAAGCAGUGCACAUGAUCAUUAUCUAAUUGGCACUGGCCAGCAUUAUAAUGUGCUCAUUAGUGAGUUGUAUGGUAUCCUAAGGUUCAUAAUGAGUAAUUAGGGUACACAUGAUUGGCAUAUAGCUGUCUGGAUACAACUACUCAAUGAGAUAAAUCAGCACUAGGACAAAAUGUGCAGUAGAUUAAGGAAGAAGAAUACAUAGCCAGCUGGUGAAUUGGCAAUUCCCUCCUGUUUAUAAUUCAGGUACAGCUUCUACUCUCAGAUAUAAAUAGAUAAAUGUGAGAACAAAAGAGCUGGAGAUAAAAAGGGAAAUGUUCACCCAAGGUGACCCAGAAUAGUGCCUACAAGUAUUAAGAAUGAUUACUGAAAAAAGAGAAAAUAAUGCUACAUAUUGGUUGAGAAUAUGUAUAUUUGAUAUAUGAAGUAUAGAAUCGAAGUUGAAAGUGAGCAAUGUUUUCAUAAGAUUUCUUCAAAGUUGAAAAUUUAAUCAUUUAAAUAUACCUCAAGAUAACAUUUACAAAGUAUUUUAUAAUUUAGUAAGCAUUUUGCCUUUAUAUUCUUUGUAUGUUACUGUGAAACCAUUCUAGUAGGCUGCAAGGGAGGAAUGCAGCUAUAAGUUGCAUUUGUUGUGAUAUGUAUUAAUAUAUAAGUCACUUUGGCAGGCAUUAUAGAUUAGCUCAUUUGACACUUAAUUCUACACCCCUUUUCCUUGCUUGCCUCUAUUACAGAGGCUAGAAAGUAAAGUGGUUCCCUUCCCAGACUCCCUUGCAGCUAGAGGAGGCCAUGUGACACUAUUUUGGCCUAUGAAAUAUAAGCACAAGUGUCUAUGGAGACUGUCCCUUCUGCAAUAAAGUCUGGAUCAAAGAAAGGUGGUUAUCCUUUCUUCUUUUUUGAAUGCAUAGCAGCCAUUCUGUGGCCAUUUAGGUAUGACCAUGAAUGGCAGAGCAGGAAGACAAAUUGAGUUUGAUUCCUAGACAUUCUUGAGAAGCUGCUCCAGUCUGGGCUGCCUACCUCCAGAAAAAGACACCUCUCACUUGUUUAAGUCCUGAAGUCAUUUUCUUAUAGCUGUUUUUGUUAAUUUUAGAUUAACACAAUCUUAAUUGAUAGUUAGAUUUUUAUUAAGGAAAAUACUAAAAUGUAAGUAUAAAGAAAAUAAUAUAAUGUUGAAGUAUUGAUGUGUGCUUAAAUGACCUUAAAAUAUGACUUUACACUAGAGAUUUUCCAAAAAUAUUGAUUAAAAGAUGAAAUAUUAAUUUUUUAAAUGUCACUGCUAUGAAAAGAAUAACUGGAUGGAAGUCUUCACAACUCAUUCUAGUGGUUUCCCAGCAACAUGUCACAUACCCUGCUUUGCUAUGCCUUAAGUGAGGGAGGCUUUUACAUAGGGACUUGGUGUUUUGUGAUUGUGCUUUCUCAUCCUGUCAUUUGAUAAAAUUGAUGUUAGACAAGGAAUGAUCCCAACUCCAUUGGCAAGGAUAUAGCCAGAGUUGAGGGGAAAGUGAUUCAAGAAGAGAAUAAACUUGAAAAAGGGCAGGUUCAAAGCAAUGGGGAAUAAUGUUACCAGCUAACCUGUACUGGGGAUAGCCUCAGUUCAAUCCUUCCAAGCCCACAGGCCAGAGGCAGCCUGGUGUGCAGCCACAGUGGCAGCAGGUACGUCUGGAACCUCUGGGGACCUCCCCAAGGGAAACAAAGGCCUAUAUUGAAGUCACCCCUUGCAUAUCUAACACUUAAAUGAUUUUAAUAAGUGUUUGUCCAGUGGGUAGAUAGGGGGAUUAGAGAGAAAAGAAAAAUAUGGGCAAAAGGGGCUCUUUUGAGCCUGAGAAGAUCUUAAAUGUUAUUUGGAACUGGAUCUCUAAUUUUCAUUUAGCACAGUUAUCUUCAAAAAUCUUGGCAACAUAUAAUAUGGUGUUAGAGUUAUGCCGCAUUCAAGAAGCACAUAACAUCCAUGAAGAAUUAAAAGUAAAUUUUAUCUUUAUGUCUUUGAGAGAUCCAUAAUUGGUCCUAUGUCUUUGAGAGAUCCAUAAUUAGUUCAUAACAAACUUACAAAAAUGAUAUUUUAAAUUUCUAGUCACUUUCCUCCCAUAGAGCAAACUUUUCCUUCUCUUCUUAUCACUCAGCAAGUCAUUAUACAUAGCACCUUAGUAUCUCUCCCAGCAAGAAGACUUUCCUCUUUUGGAUGUUAAGAAAGGGGAAGUGGAGCUGGCAAUUUAAUUAUGAGAUCUCUUUUGUAAGAUGCCUCCAUGCAUCCCUUUCUAUAGCUAUAAAAUUCAGACUCGUAUAGGAAUAGAAUAUUUUAAAGACUGAAAUGUAUUAUAUAAAUCUAAAAUUGUUCAUUAAAAAGAAAAUUACAAAAUGGGGUAUUGUUUAGAAUUGAUAGCCUUAUUUAUUGCAUGUAAGUAAAAUUUAAUAUGCUCUGACUUUUCUUCCAAUCUUAUUAAAUGAGAUCCUUAGAGUUGUAGAAUGUCAGAGCUAGAAUAAGUCUUCCGUUCUAAGCCCCUGACUUGAGAAAUUGGUCAACCGAACCCACCAAUGUUAAAUGGCCUCCCAGCACCCCAGUGCUUAGAUGCAGAGAGAGACGAGAACCCAGGUCUGAUGACUCCAGUCCAGAAUGCUUGCUGUGAAAUUUCAUGAAGUCUUUGGUACAUCUAUCUGUCUUUGAAUUUGCUUGCGCCUGCACCCUUGUGUUCUGACACCCUGUGAGAUCCAUUUAGGGACCAGUGGUACCACCUCAAUUGGUCAGCAUGAGCAGGUCAACAUCCCAAUGCUAAAAGAAUAACAUGCACAAAAAAAUCUCACAAACUCAGGCAGAGACAUUUGCUUUUCCUUUGUUAAGUCAAUGCAAUCUUUAUGUAAAAAGAGCAGGGACUCUACUAUCCCUAGGGACUCUAGCAGGGAAUUUCUUCCAUUCAAAAAAUUGUUAAAAAGCAGAAUUUGAAAUGAUUCUGCAGAAAAAUAGCUUUCGAUGGUUGGAUGCUUUUAAUGCAGAAUUGUGAUGUUUGAGGGCCAGGGUGCUGAAAGACAGUGAUGAGUGAAUGCAAUGUCCACUUUUAGAAAACUCCUUCCGUUAAUGGCAGGAUGUGAGCAAGGAUGACAAUCUGGCCAAUACUGUUUAUAAUAUACAGGUUGAGUCCAGGAAAAAGUCAAUUCUUUGAGCAGAACUUAAAGUGUGAUUGGCCCAAUCGAUGUGCAAGGGUAAGAAAGAAGCUCUUACUUAGUUUUGGAUUUCUUUCCCAGACAUGCCCAUGGCCUGCUCCUCCUGCAGAGUACACAGAUCAUCCCAGGGAAACGGUUUCUGCUCUCCCUUGGGCCAGCACUGGAAAUGGGUAAGGUGCUGCCAGAGCAAAUUCUCCCCUAGGCAGCCCCCAAACUGCACCACAAAGCCCACUUGGCAGGACUUCAACUGCCACCCUUCACUCAUUACCUUCCCGGGUCCUAGAUGCUCCUUCAGAAGAUACUGCUCUUUGGGGGAACUAUCACAGUUUUUUGAACCAAAAGACAGAUUCUUUUGAGAAAUGACAUGGCAAAAUGUCAGGAAAAAAAGAAAAGAUUCUAAGAAAUUUAAAAAUUCAAAGUGGAAAAUAAUUAACUGGCUUUACUCUAACCUUUAUAACCUCAAUCACUGAAUUUUUUCCUUCUUGAGAACAAGCGCUUCUGUGCUGCCAACAGAAAUGAGAUGUGAGUUCUUCUAAGUCAUUACUGUGAUCUCCGUCACAAACGAGCAAAGGCAGUAAUUAGUGCACCACAUCAAACCAGCCUCAGAUUUGACAAAAACUGUGUUCGUCCUUUGCAGAGCUAGAAUGAAGCACUUCUUAAUUCUUAGAAUGUUCCCACAAGUUGCUGUCAUUUGGCAGAAGUUUCUGAAGUUGUUGCUUCUGAUAGAUCUUUCUUGCUGUUAAUAUUUUUAAAACAAAAACCAACAUACAUUCUUUAAAAAAAAUUAACAAGUAGCACUACAUGACCUUCAGUGUGAGAUCACCAUUGGAAAGCAUUGAAGGUAAGGGGACAGGGCAAGAAAUAGAAACAUCUCGUUAGUGUCUUGGUCACACUGAGGUCCAGGUGUUCUCCAGAAAGCUGCUGGAAAUUUCCAGAGUGACUAGGACAGUCGGUCAAUGAGGGCAAAAUCCUCAGGUGAAGCUGGACACGAGUAAUUCUUUUUCGAACAGUUUCUCAGUAGCCACAGAAGUACUGGUGCCCAUCCAAGAUGCAGGUGUGGUAGACCCCCACAAGCAGAACAACUUUGUUAGAAAGUCAUUCAGCCAUCUAGAGUGAGGUCAUCAUUGUUGGGUUAAACUUCACCCAGUUUUGUGGCCCUGUGAGAGUUUCCAGGACAUGGUGCAAGGACGGGUGCCCAGACUUCCUGGUUGGAGGCAACAGAGCUAAGACUGCCAGGAGACCAAGGCUGCUAGAGCCCGCAGGACAGAGGAAGAGAGAAGGGGACUGCACAAGGACAGAUCCACAAUCUAUAGAGGGUCUCCCUAAAAACACAGCUGAGUUCACUGUUAACUUCUUGUAGUCACUUUAAUCCUUCAAGCCCCAGAAAUGUUGAGUGUCAGUUACCACACGAGUUAAAUUUUUCUUGUGAAUGUAUAGCGAUCACAAUGGAAUUUACCCAUCAUCACCAUUGUUUCAUCUGGAAAGUAACAUCUGUGAACUAAUCAAAAGAUCCCUGGGCCGGAGUAAGAUAUUUUGUCCAUGUUCUGCCAACAAAUCGAUUUCUUCAUAUAAAAAUACAGCAGAUAAUACUCAUCCAUGUUGUCUCACAUGAAUGCGGUCUAGGUGACAAUAUGUUUUUAAAUAUGUUUGUUUUUCCCUUCAGAGAAAAGCACUGUGUGACUAAAUCUGUGCUAUCACUAGUUCAGUAGGCACUAAAUACACAUGGCUAUUUAAAUUUAAAUUAAUUAAAAGUAAAUGAGAUUUUAUUUUUCAUUGAGUUUAUUGGGGUGACUUUGGUUAACAAAACCAUGCAGGUUUCAAGCGUACAGCUCAACAAAUCACCGGUGUAAAAUUUUAGAAGGUGACUCCUCAGUUGCAUUUGCUGCCUUUCAAGAGCCCAGUCACCACAUGUGGCCAUCAACUCCCACUUUGAACAGCACGGAUAUAGAAUACUUCCAUCAGUGUAAAAAGUCCAAUUAAAAAGUGCUGGAAUAUAAAGUUUUAAUAUACUGAAGAAACAAAUCACAUUGUAAAACCAUGUUUUGGUAUUUUUUUAAACCUUCUCCUAUACCAAGGUUUUUAUGUGUAUCUAUCAAUUUGAUCUUGAAUUUAUUUGCAGAUUUUGAAUAAAAAUAAAAUGAUUAGAGAUAUAACUUUCAGGUUCAAGGGCAUGUUACAAUAAUUUUUUAAAUUUUAUUUAUUUAUUUUUAGAGAGAGUGGAAGCAAGGGAGAGAAACAUCAGUGUGAGAGAGAAACAUCAACUGGUUGCCUCUCACACACCCCCAGAUGGGUACGUGGUCCACAACCCAGGCAUGUGCUGGGAUUGGGAGUUGAACCAGCAACCUUCCAGUUUGUGGGAUGAUGCUCAACCCACUGAGCCAUACCAGUCAGGGCAGUAUCUCAUCAUAAUUUUUAAUCACCCAUCUGAUAUACUGGAUUCAAAGAAGGUAUCAAUUUAACCUUCUAAAAUAGAUGUCCACUCACUGGGUUUGUCGAAAGAGAUUUGUCACUCUUCUUGAUAGCUAGUUUCGGCAAUAAUACAUUCUUUUGCAUUUCUUUUCAAAUAUAUGUUUGAUUGCAGUUUCUCAAGUCACUUGUCUAGAUUUUUUUAAUCCUGAAAGCCCAGAAUGUUAAUACUUUUCUUCAGCAAAAUGUAGACAUUUUAAAUAUACUGCUAUGUAUGUGUAACAACAAGUCAAAUGAGCUAAACUCCACUUACUUUUGGCAAAUAAAUUGGCAGCUGAAGAGUCCCAUCGUUAGUAAAAGCAGACGUUUUCUCCGAGGCUGUGAGGGGCUGUUCCCCUCGCUGCCCAUGCGGUUUCAAGUACAGGAGCCCUUUCAACCACACGGACCCCUCCCGGAGACUUCAACUAGAGUAAAAAGGGAAACCUCACCACGUGGGACUCCAGGGCUGGAUGGCAGAUAGGAGUAGCAUUGCUGGGGGUGAAUAUAGAAAAUGAACCCACACCUUAUCACAUUCCCCUUCUGAGGAUCACGUAUUAUCCGACAGACAGCACCCACAGUAGGGGGCUGAAGACAACUGAGAGGGGAUUUAUGAUGGUGCCACUCAGCACAGAGGGACUCCUGGGCUCUUAAUGCCCCAGCUUCCUCAGGCCUCGGUAGGAGCAGGCUGAGACUGUACUGGGAUAGAAGGUUUUUCAGUGUUACCAUUAUUAAAGUCAACUGAAACUUUGAGAGAGAGCUCUUGGACAGGUAUGAGAUUUCUGACAAAUGCAGAAGAAUGAGUGGUGAGGCAAAUGCAUCGCGAAGUGUGGAAGGAUUGAAGUGAGGACCUGAGCUCACUCCAACUGGAAGGCUUGGACCAAUGACCAAUGGUUACACGUUAAGAAUCCUUCUUCUCUCUUUCAUCCCAAAUGUCUCAUCAACAUGAGACAAAUUUCAUUUUUAAGAUACUGUUUCUUUAGUACAGCAUAGUAGUUAUAGUCUAUAAUAUUGUAAUAACUAUAUGGCAGGUGAGGACUGGAAAUAUCGGGGGAACACUUGGUAAAGUGUAUGAUUGUCUAACCAGUAUGCUGUACUCCUGAAACUAAUACGAAGUAAUAAUGAAUGUAAAGUGUAACUGAAAAACAUUUAAAAACAUAACAUUUCUUCAUACCUCAGCUUUUUGCUUAGGAAUCAGCCAAUCACUAAAACCAAGUUCAGUUACCUUUUAAAAAGAAACCUGUUAAGUGUGUUUCGUAGAAGCAAUUGAAUAUAUUCUAUAAAUAUACCUAGAAGUGGACCAAUAAUUACUUUGAGUUUUAGAGUUUUCAUUAUCUUCAUCUAAUGCCUUGUCAAAUAGCACUCACUUGAACUGUUAUAUUUUCAUUAACAUGAGUUAUUUAAUAUCAUCACCUAAAAUAAAUUAUGUAUUAAUAUCCUUGAAAAGAAUUACAGGAAGCAUUAUGGUAAAUCACAGGUCACUAGGAUAUCUAGCGAAAUCUGACUCAAAAUGUACCUAAUUGAAAUAACAGAGUUAUCAACUUAAAGUCCAGAAUUACUAGGACAAAUGAGAAAAAAACCUUACAAAGAAAUUCUUAGUAUGAUACUAAUAUUCCAUUAAUAAUUUUCUAAAGUAAGCCUAUAGUUUUUAGUCACAGUUUAGUACACAUAGAGAUUAACCCAGCUAACAGAUAUGAGCAUUUAAUAGUCUUUCUGGUUGGAGUAUGACCUUGAGGAAGGUCAUGCACUCAAUUUCUGUAGUUUUUAAAAACUGGCUCCUAAAAAUAAAGUAUAAGAUGUCAUAGUAAAGAUAUAAGGUUUUGGGGGCUAAAUAAUAUUCCAAGCAGAGUAUCUUCAGCAGCAUUUAUUGAAAUAUUAGAAAUCACUACUGUAGAAAAAACUAGGGCUGCCAGGAUGGAGGCAUAGGUGAAGACGCUGUGCUUCCUCACACAACCAAGUUUAGAGACAACGAAAUAAUAGCAACAGAAAACAUAGCCAGAACACAGAAAAUUGAACUUUUUGGAAGUCUGAUAACAACAAAUUCUUCAGCCUGACUGGUAAGAGGGGCGAAACCCAGCAGCUGGCAGAGCCGGGUAGCACAGGAAAACUCGGUCAGAUGGACUCAGGCAUACGGAAUCCAAGUGUAGGGUUGGACCUGGUGGGCAACUCAGCAAGUAAUCGAGGGGAAACAGGAGGGAGCAGGGCUGCAGGUUGACUGUGGUCCCGCAUUCGUGUGUGGAUAGACAAGCGAGGGAGUGGGCGAUUGGACGAGAGCCAGCAGCCCC